AUGGCCAGAAAGUCAAAGAAGGGUAGUAACGCUGCCGCCCCUAAGGAGCAUGCCGAGCCGGCAGUCCCCAUCCAGGAACCGGCUGCCGCGGACCCGGUUCAGCAGUCCGGCGAGGACAGCGACUCGGGUGCCACGGGGCAUGUGGCGACUGACGACUCGUCUGCUCUGGAGGCAGCCACUGCAAAGAAGCCGUCUGCGCUGACGGCAGCCAUCAUGAAGAAGCUCCGCAACUACCGCAAGAAGCUGCAGCGCGCAGAACAGUACGAACAAAAGAAGCUGAGCGGCGGUGAGGUCAACGCCGACCAGAUUCUGACGAUCGCAAAGAAGGAGCAGUACCAGCUGCUGGUCAAGGAGCUGAGCGAACUCCACCAGCUGUCGCUGGAGCAGGACGCUGAAGAGAGCGAUACGAUGGAAAAGGUUGUCCAAGACUUCACACAGACAGCCUCCGACUCGAUUGCCAAGACUAGCUUGGAGCUGGCGACCGGCAUUCUGGCUAACGAAGAGCUUGCGCAUAAGCAAGCGCUACGCCUAACCGGCGAAGAGAUCUCUGCCGACAAUCGCGCAGCCCUGCAGGGAUUUUACGAAUUGGUCGUUGUGCCUGAUGAGAAGGACGUGUCAUUCACUGACGCUGGUCUUAGCCAUGUGCGUGCGCUGGCAAAGAGCGCCGACAGUCUGGUCCAGGGACUGGAGGGCGAGAUUACGUACGGUAAUGUUGUCAAUAUCAUUGAUCAAGUGCUUGCGGCCGAGCUUCUUGAUGUCGCUGGUGAGGAGGUGGAGGGGAGUGACGCCAAGCCAGCUGCUGCUUCCAGGGAUGUGCAGGAACCAUCCAAAGAAGAGCUAGCUGCUGCUGCGGCUGCCAGGGUCGAAGGGACCAACAAGGGCGAGGAUGCGUUUGAUGGGGUGCGCAUGCCCAAGAUGCCCAGUGUGUAUAUCGACUCCACUACUGGCGGCGACCCAAACAGCGACUUUGUCACCAAGGUCGUUGUGCCUCCUGGUGGCCUCACUUUUAUGACCCAUGUUGACCUGCCUGGGGCUUCCAGCAACGAGCCAGCCGAAGACAAGGACGGGGCCAAGCCUGAAGAGACAGCGGAGCAGCUCUCGCAGCUCCCUGCAGAAACGACACCUGAUCUGGCGAUGCCUGGCGAGACUGAACUGGUUGGCGGCUUUGCCCAGCCUGCAAAGGUGGUUGUUCCCAACGCACACACGCCAAUGCACGGGUCUGUCGGUGCUGGCAUGGAUCCGAGCCAGCAGCCACCUGCUGGCUUUGGUCUCUAUGGCGGACACCCUGGCGUUGGCAUGCCCAACUGGUCGGCUGCUGCAGCCACUGCUGCCGGAAUGCCUGGCAUGCCUGGCGGCUACGGCAUGAUUCCGCUGCCGUACCCUCCGCACUUUGCCAUACAGUACGGCUAUAUGCCACCUCACAUGUUUGGUAUGGCUGGCGCGGGUAUGCCAUCCAACUCGGGUGUGAACACUGGGCAUCCGUCGGCAGUCGCCUCCAAUGCAUCGCACGUGGGAACGCCUUCGGCCAGGGCUUCGCCUGCAGUGCCCGACCCCAGCAGCUCGGCAUCGGCGUCGGCAUCAAUUUGGCCGCCCACUUCUGACGGCCCGGCCAAGGCUAUGCCUACUGCAUUCGAUGGCGCGGCACCAGGGCUCGCCCAGCCGAACCAGCAGCAGCAGCCGCCGCCGCCUGCGGGGGACGCAUAUCACGCAAUGGCAGCUGCUGCCAAUGUCGUUGCUGCCGGGUAUCCGCUCAACGUGCCGUUCAUGUAUCCGCAUGUGGAUGCAUCGAACGUGUCUACUGCAGCGACUGGUGGUGGAUCCGAGAACAACGAGUCUGUUAACUCGUUGGAGUCGUCGUCAAACAAAGGCGGGAGCGCUCGGACCCUCCAGCCGCAGCCGGACGUAGCCCCCCGCGGGUUUACCCAGCCUGGAAUGGGCGAGUAUCCCAAUGCUGCCACUGCUCAGUAUGGAUGGCCGGCUCCACCCGGAGAUUUCGUCAAGGCAUACCAGCAGCAGCACCAGCAGCAACUGCAGCAGCCCGGUGGUCCAUACGGCGGAUAUGCUCACUACCAGCAACACCCCAGCACCCCAGCAUCCCCAGCAUCCCAGCAUCCCCAGCAUCCCCAGCAUCCCCAGCAUCCCCAGCAGCAGCCCGGCGGUCCUGGGCAGCUCCAGGCACAGGGACAGAACUUCCGCCGCCGCGGCUCUGGGAGCAACAGCAGCGGCAGUGGCAGCGCGACCGGCGCAACAACUCUGGGUACCAGCAGCGCCAGCGCUGGGGCAAUUCGCAAAACCACAGGCAAUGGCGGCCAGGGAUUCAGGCAGCAGGGCCACCAUCACGGCCAGAACACAGCCGAGCAGGCAGGCUAUGGUCGCGCCUGCUUGGCGAUGUCUCGGCAUUGGGCGCAAACCCAGCAGCCUAUUAUGCCUGGCAACUACGGACGGCAGUGA